AUGUCCCAAGAUAGACGCCAGCAACAACAACAACAACAAAACCAAGUCGACCCUCGAUAUCCGUUUCAGAAUACCAAAGAAGAUUUACGAGACGAUCUCGUACAAGACACUUUAAAUAAUACAAAUAAUACUUCAGCUAUACCAACUUUACAACACAACGACGCAAUAGACAAAGAAGAGUUAGAAUCCGAAGAAGAAGAAGCAGAAGAAGAAAAUCUCAGAAUGUCACAAGAUAGACGCCAGCAACAACAACAACAACAAAACCAAGUACGACCCUCGAUGACCCCGUUUCAGAAUACCAAAGAAGAGUACUGUUGCCAAAUAGUAUUCGAAGACGUUUAUGGCCCGUACAAAACGACACCACAACAUCGAGACGGUUGGCACCUAUCGAUCAAAGAGUUGUGA